CUCGCUCGGAACAAAGCAGUUGUCAUUUUGCAUACUGAAAACAAUGUUUGCGAUAGUCCUUACCGCAAUGCUUGCGUGCGCCAGCGCGGCACCCCGCUUGCAGUACAGCCACCACCAUGGUUAUGGUCCCCCGUCCCCGUUCGGCCCGCGGGACGAUUUUUACCACGGAGGCUUCGGAAUGGAACCUCAAAUCGGCAACGAUAACGAUUUCUUCCGCGAUAAUAUGUUCGAUACUAGAAGGUUCUGGGCCGAGUUGUCGCGGGAAAUGUCGAUGCUGGACCAGCUGCUCAACGACCUCGGCAAACGGUUCCCCAGCGGUGUCUCCAACGAGGGUAUAGACAAAACGACCAAUGAAUAUAAGAUUACAGUAGCACUGAAUGGAUUCGAAGAACAGGAUAUCAAAGUAAAAGCUCGCGAGGGUCUUCUGAUGAUUCAGGCGAUAAAGAACAUCGGCGAGGCUGGACAAAACAGCUACCUCAGCGUGAAGACGUUACCAGACUUUGUCAAUGUCACCGGCAGCUGGACGUUUGAAGAUGGCAUCCUGAAAAUCGUGUUCCCUCUUCUGUCUACGACGACGGAGGGCGAGACGACCGCAGAAAUAACGACCGAGUUACCGGAGCAGUUCAAGCCGGAGAGCCGCGAGGAGACGCCCAGCGAUGACAACAACAAGGACGCAGACGUGGGUUUGGCCAAAGGAGACGUCGCCAAGGAGACAGAGCUGCUUACCAACGAGGUCCCGCACAAGGAGGCGGUUGAGGCCACCACGUACGCUGUGGACCUCAAGGACGAGGUGGAGUUCGUGCCAGUGCCAUAUUAGAUUUAAGCUAGAAUAGGUGAUAAAUAAACUUUUUAUUUCAAUCUUAGUAAAA